AUGUACUCCGCGCCGUUCGAUCCCCGUACUCCCCCUCCCCCUCUCUCCUUUCCGCCCUUCUUCGGAACGAUCGUCAUGGGAAUCCCAUGUGGCAACCAAUGGCGAUUGGCGCCGAUUCGCACCUCCUCAGUAGUCAAUCGCGCGCCUGCACCUGGUUCCCCCACUCCUAUUCCCCGACGGCCCCCUACUCCCCCUCUCCCCCUCCUCCCCCUUUCCCCCUACUCCCUUUUCUCCCUCUCCCCCUCUUCCCCUCUUCCCCUUCUCCCCACCUCCCCCCUUUCCUCCGCAUCCGGCCCCCAGCGCGCCUCCACCAGGCGGAAGCCAUGGGUCUCGCGCGCCACUGGGGGCGCACGCUUGUACUACCACGUGUCUGCAGCAGCCACAUCGGCGGCAACAACCUGCCACGUGGCAUGCUCUUCUCCCCGCGUCCGCAUUCUUUGCCACAUCGGUGCUGAUGGGGCGGAGGAGGCAGGAGGAGGUGCCUCUGUGCUGAUGGGGCAGUUUGUGCGGUGGGUGCGCGAGGAGUACCUCUGGCGGACAGUGCUGCCCGCUUGGAAGGGGCGAGGGGGAGCCAGCUCGGGGGAAGGGGAGGGGGACGCGGGGAAACGGGGGGAAGGACACGGUCAUGAGUAUCAGGAGAGCUCAUGCAGGCAGCAGGGCAACGCAUCUUCAGGGAGAAGCAAGCACCCAUACCAGCUGCUCCUGCCCUCACCAUCCGCAAAGACCCCAGAGGCAUUGCACGGUGCGCACAGCAACGAGCGGCUGGGCAACAACAUGGUCAACUCAAAUGACACCUGCCUAGUCAGUCCCCUCCUUGCUCACAUCGUCCCAUGCUCCUCUUCCCUCCAUGCUUCAUCACAUUUCAUCUGCCCCUCGUGCCAUCCCAUGCCAGUCUCCCCUUGCCUUUCCUCAUCACCUUUCCCCCUCAUAUCGCUCUGCGGCGUAUUGACACCCACAGCACCCCUCUCCACCCCUCCUUCUCUCCAGUCUCUCUGCAUAUUCUCUUCUCACGCCUCUCUGGUCCGUUCCCUUCCCAACCUCGUUCAUGCUGUGCCAGGAACCUUUUCCCUGAGACUUGGUGUGUGGGGGGGUGGUGCUUGA